UCCUGAGGCUCUGACCGGAAAGCGGAAGCGGUGCGUAGCACGUGGGGGAGGUGCAGAUUUCUGGGCUCGGCGUCCCCUUGGUUUGUGCGAGGCCAGGCCGCCGGCGGCGGCGACAACCCUAGACGAGGGGCGGAGCGCGGGGAAUUAGAGAGUUAGAGAGACGCCGCGGAGCUCAGAGAUCGGCUGAGCGUCAUGGAGGGCUCUGACGAGCAACCGGGCCCACAGCCACCGCAUCCCGGGGAUCACUGCAUCCGCGACGGCGACUUCGUAGUGCUGAAACGGGAAGAUGUGUUUAAAGCAGUGCAAGUCCAGCGGAGAAAAAAAGUAACUUUUGAAAAACAGUGGUUCUAUCUGGAUAACGUUAUAGGCCAUAAUUAUGGAACCACAUUUGAAGUGACCAACGGAGGAAUUCUUCAGCCGAAGAAGAAGAAGGAAGAGCCUGCUUCAGAGACCAAAGAAGCAGGCACUGAUAAUCGAAAUAUAAUCGAUGACGGGAAAUCUCAGAAACUUACUCAAGAUGACAUAAAAGCUUUAAAGGACAAAGGCAUUAAAGGAGAGGAAAUAGUUCAACAAUUAAUUGAAAAUAGUACAACAUUCCGAGACAAGACAGAGUUUGCUCAAGAUAAAUAUAUAAAAAAGAAGAAAAAGAAAUACGAAGCCAUGAUUACUAUUGUGAAGCCAUCCACCCGCAUUCUUUCAGUUAUGUAUUAUGCAAGAGAACCUGGAAAAAUUAACCACAUGAGAUACGAUACACUAGCCCAGAUGUUGACAUUGGGAAAUAUCCGUGCUGGCAAUAAAAUGAUUGUGAUGGAAACAUGUGCAGGCUUGGUGCUGGGUGCGAUGAUGGAACGCAUGGGAGGUUUUGGCUCCAUUAUUCAGCUGUAUCCUGGAGGUGGACCUGUUCGGGCAGCAACAGCAUGUUUUGGAUUUCCAAAAUCUUUUCUCAGUGGUCUUUAUGAAUUCCCCCUCAACAAAGUGGACAGUCUCUUAAAUGGAACGUUUUCAGCUGAGAUGUUAUCUUCAGAGCCAAAAGACAGCGCCUCAGCUGAAGAAAGCAAUGGCACACUGGAGGAAAAACAGACUUCAGAACAAGAGAAUGAAGACAGCGUGGCAGAGACCCAAGAGAGCAGUCACCCAGAAGAACAAGAGACGAUGGAAAUGAUCUCUCAAGACCCAGAAUAUAAGGAGCCUAAAGAGAGAGGAAGCAAAAAGGAUUAUAUUCAGGAAAAGCAGAGGAGACAAGAAGAGCAGAAGAAAAGACAUUUAGAAGCUGCUGCGCUGCUGAGUGAAAGAAACGCGGAUGGUUUAAUUGUAGCUAGUCGUUUCCAUCCUACUCCACUGCUGCUGUCUUUGCUGGACUUUGUGGCUCCUUCAAGGCCAUUCGUGGUCUACUGUCAGUAUAAAGAGCCUCUGUUGGAAUGCUACACAAAACUACGGGAAAGAGGAGGGGUCAUCAACCUCAGGCUGUCUGAAACCUGGCUUAGAAAUUACCAGGUUUUGCCAGAUCGAAGUCAUCCCAAACUACUGAUGAGCGGAGGUGGGGGGUACCUUCUCUCAGGCUUCACCGUGGCCACAGACAAUCUUAAAGCAGACACUAGUCUCAAAUCCAGCACCAGCACUUUAGAAUCAUACAAGACUGAAGAGCCAGCAGCUAAAAAACGGAAAUGCCCGGAGUCUGACGCUUAACCUUUCAAAGAUUGCUUUGAUUUUUGUUCUUAGGCAUUUUAUAGUUAGGAUGUAAACUUUAAAUGCCAUUACUAAUUGUUUUUUCAUAGCCUAAGAAUAAGAACAUGUCUAUAUACCUGUUCCUAGGAAGGACAAGUAAGCCUUUUGUCCACCUCUGAUGCAGAUGGAUUUGGUCUGUCAAAACCUGGAGCCAAAUCCCCAAGCCUAGAAUAAGCAGUGGACUAGUAUAUGGCCAGUUCUGUUUAUUUCACAAAAAUUCUCUAAGUACUUUUAGUACUCUGUGCAAAUAUCUUGAGAAUUUAGGCAUCUGAAAAAUAUAUUUAUACAAGAUGUUUGUUUUUAUGUUAAGCUAAGUGGAAUAACCUGCCAUCAGUGAAACUUGGGUACUAAAAGGAAGGAAUUUGUGGAAGAAUUUCCUCUGUUUGAUUACACUCUCUUCAACCUAAGCAAUAUGAAUGUGUGUGAGAUUUACAGUACCAAAAAUGUCCACCCUUUCUCCCCCAAUGGAAUAAACUUUUUAAAAAAUGUUAUAUUUUAUUAUUUUAUAGUUGACGACCUAGGAAAGCUCUGAAUAUUUAUUUUACUGUUGUUUUUGUCCAUAGAAAGGUGUAGUAGGGUAGUUUUUUGCAUUAAUAUUCCAAUUCCUCUCUUUGUUCCAAAUAAAAUUUUGUGUGCUAUUCAAUUAAAGGCAACAGAAAU